AGAGUUUUCUUGGACGAUUCGGUUGCCUUUGAUGAAAGCGGUGAAGACAAUCCCUAUAUGUUUCAAGAGAAGAAUAUAUCUGCGCUAUUUACAUCAUAUCGCUUAAAAGCAUGGCAAAUGGCGCGAGAAUCAGGUUUAUCUAUCGAAACAGACUACCGUGAGAUAUU